AUGUCUGGAGUGGAUCAGAAAGAGCUCACCCAAAGAGAAGGUGUCACGUGGUUUGGUAGCCUGAGGCAUCAAGUGUGCUCGCCUCAGGCACGGAAGGCACGACUUUCUCUUCUUUCUCAGGUAAAGGUCAAAUGUAUCAUCUCCGAAGCAUUACUGCGGGAACCUGCACCGAAGUUGCGCCCCUCACGGAAGCUAGACGGUGCUGACUUCACCGGCUUUUGCAUGGAGUCUGCAGACUCCAAAGUGUCCGUUUCCGAAGAGGAAGUCAUGUUGCCGCCAGAGGGCCAGAAACGACACGCAUUGGUGGAACUAUGGCUAAAUUUGCGGAGAACUAUGCAGGAGCGGAGCAUCCGCGAGCUACCAAAUCUCCACCCUUUCGACAUGCAGAGUUUCACCUGA